AUGGCACCCGGAGCCCUUGUUGACCACGACACCACGGCCCGCGAUGGCCAGGCCCUCGAGGACCUCUCAGACCAGAUUGAUGCUGUCAACGUUCUGAAGGACCAGAAGAAGGCUGCUGCCGCCGCCAAGGCCAAGGCCGAGGAGGAGGCUGCCUUCAACUCCAAGUCCGAGUUCGACUCCGAGAAGGAUAAGACACAAUUUAGACAAUACGAGGAUGCUUGCGACCGAGUCAAGAACUUUUACCUCGAGCAACACACUAAGCAGACCGUCGCAUACAACCUCAAGGCACGCAAUGACUUCAAGUUCCGAGAGAAGCACCACAUGACCAUCUGGGAGGCCAUGGAGAAGCUCAACACCCUGAUUGAUGACUCCGACCCGGACACCAGCCUGUCUCAGAUCCAGCACUUGCUCCAGUCCGCCGAGGCUAUUCGUAAGGACGGCAAGCCCCGCUGGAUGCAGCUGACCGGUCUCAUCCACGAUCUCGGCAAGUUGCUGUACUUUUACGGCUCUCAGGGCCAGUGGGACGUCGUCGGCGACACAUUCCCCGUGGGCUGCGCCUUUGACGAGCGCAUCAUCUACCCGGGCUCCUUCAAGGAGAACCCCGACAUCAACGACCCCAUCUACAGCACCAAGCACGGCAUCUACUCGCCCGGCUGCGGUCUCGACAACAUCAUGCUGUCCUGGGGCCACGACGAGUACCUCUACCACGUGGUCAAGGACCAGUCGACCCUGCCCGCCGAGGCCCUCGCCAUGAUCCGCUACCACUCCUUCUACCCCUGGCACAAGGAGGGUGCCUACCGCGACCUCAUGGACGAGCACGACCACCAGAUGCUCGAGGCCGUCAAGGCCUUCAACCCCUAUGACUUGUAUAGCAAGAGCGACGGUAUCCCCGACGCUGAGAAGCUCAAGCCUUACUACCUCGAGCUCAUCAAUGAGUUCUUCCCUAACGAGGUCAUUGAGUGGUAG